UCAACGGCCUGCCCGAGGAGGUGCUGCUCUACCUGCUGGCGCACCUGAACGUGCGCGACAGGAUCCGCGUGCGCGCCGUGUGCCGCCGCUGGAGGGAGCUGUGCCAGCUCAGCCUUCGCUCAGUGCGUCAGAUCAACCUGAACCGGUACUUCGGCCCGAUGCACCUGCAGCGGCACCCGGUGCUGACCGACCAGCGGUUCAAGCAUGUGCUGCAGCUGCUGCCGAACCUGCAAAAGCUGGAGCUGGGGCCGGCCGGCGCACGGCUCUCCCGCAACGGCAUCCUCAGCAUCGGCAAGCUGUGUCCGCAGCUGAUUGACCUGGACAUCAGCUGCCUGCGGAUGUCGUUCCGAGCUCUGGAGAACCUGUGCCGCAACUGUCCCCGGCUGCAGCGGAUCAAUGUACCGCAGCUCAACUUCAAGGAGCAGAACCUGGAGGUGCUGCUCAAGUACCUGACAGAGCUGCGCAUCCUGGAGCUGGUGUCCACCAGUGUGACGGGAGACUGCUUCAGCCUGCUGCCGGCGUCGGUGCGCAAGGUGACACUGCGCGCGUGCCCGCGCAUCCGCGAGCACAACUUCUGCCUGGUGGGCGACCGGUGCGCACAGCUGGAGGAGCUCUGCCUCAGCCAGACGCGUGUGACGUCACACGACAUCAAACACAUCGCCGCCAGGUGUCGGAACCUGCGCCACCUGGACAUCAGCGGCUGCAACCUGGUGCAGCCGGAGGAGUUCCUCGAGCUGAUGCCCAAUGUGACGUCACUGGCUGCCGGCGCCUGCCCAAACAUCAACAAGAACACGUUUCGCGCGCUGGUCAGCUACUGCACCAAGCUGGAGCGGCUGGACUUGCGAGGCGGUGCCUCGCACAAGUACGUGCCGGCGGCCGGCCUGCAGCUGCUCUGUCGGCUGCCGCUGCUCUCCUGGCUGGAUGUCAGCUACCAGAACGAGGUGACGGACGAGGUGCUGCGCAGCCUGGCCAACUGCGCCCGGCUCGCCACGCUGCUGCUGCGGGAGAACUACAGCGCCCGCUCCCCCUUCACCGAGAAGGGCCUGUUCGAUCUGUCGAUGACAUGUCGGUCGCUGGCUUCGCUGGACGUCAGCUGCGUGCAGUGCAUCUCGCGUCAGCUGUACGACUCGCUGGUGUCGAAGCUGCCGGCCGGGCGCCGCCUGUCGCUUAUCGUCGGCGGCACCGACCUGGAGCAGCUGUAUCUGGCCGAGCCGGACGACGACCGGGUCAAGCUCUGCCAGGGCAGUCCGGCGCCCGACUACCCGGCCGUCAUGCACGACGACCCGUCGUCGAGCGAUGACUCUGACUCGGACGGGCCGGAGGAGGAGCGCUUCGCCGACGUGUUCAUCGACUGGCUAUGGCUCAACAACGCACUGUGGGCCGUGUAGCCGGUCGCCGGGCCGCCGCCGGCUGCACCGCAAUGGCGCGCCGCCC